AUGUUGCCACUUGACAAGAUGAGAGAAAAGUUGAAAUCAUAUGUUGCUCGUAACAACUUGGAUGGGCUUGCUGAUGCUGUGAAGGAACUAUAUGAACUUUACUGUAUCUCAGGAGGAUCCAAGCAGAUGGAGAAGAUCUCAGAUACCAGUUAUGUAGUGGCUGAAGAAGCAACUGAUAAUGAUGUUCAGCAAGAUUCAGCUGUCAUAGAAGAAGCCAAGGAGGAAGAGGUUUCAGAAAGUAUCCAGCAAGAAAGAUCUAGGAGGUCUCUGGUUGUAAUCAAUGUGAACCAAACUGAUGUUCCAGAGGUUGUUGUUCAAGGAUCAGAAGAUGGAGUUCUAAUGGUGACUGUUGCUGCUCAACCUUCCGAGAAGAAACAUGCAAAUAGGAAGGAGACAAUUUCUAAGAACGACCUCCCCGUGAAGACAAAGAAAGCAGUAGCGACCAACUCUGUUAAUCCAAGAAUAGUUCCACAAAACAAGGACAACAAGUCACAGAAGAAAGUUCGGGAAAGGGUCACUAAGUCAAGGACUAAGAAAGUUCAAGAAGAGACAAAGAAGUCCACCAAGAAACCUACUGCUAAAGAAGGUGAAGUUAAAUCUCUGAAGCAAAUGGAGAACAAAGAAAACUCUGUUGUUGUUGGUGCAGGAGAAGAGAUCCAGGUUUGA